CAAAAUCAAGACUAUAUGAUGACACUUGAAUACUCAAUCUCAACAUUUGUCUUUCAUUCUUUUGUCUUCCAACAGUCACUUUCCCCUCUUCAGAUCCAGGGUUUUUAAAUGAAUUGAUGAUAUUACAGAUUAGAUAUCAUAAUGGAAGAAAUACAGGCUCAUUCGGAUAACUACGAAUCAUCAUCAUCUGCAGCUAGUAGCCCGCCUAGUAGAGUACCAUCAAGUAACUUUUUCUACCUAAGAAAACCAGGUGGUUCAAGGCAACCGAUAUCGUUCGAAGAUUCACCUGAUUGGGAGGAGAAUAUUAAUAAUCAUAAUACAGAUGUUGGUGUUAGGGUGGAAGAGCGCGGUGGUGGUGACUCGAUUAACACCGCCACAACCCCUGCUUCACCGUCCCUUUCGAAGCUUAACAGUGUGUCCCUGCGAUCCCCACCGUUUCCGGAGGGUGCAAGAAAGAUUGCAGGGGCCAGUAUUGUGUGGAAAGAUUUGACGGUUACUAUAAAGGGUAAACGGAAAUACUCUGAUCAGGUUGUGAAAAGUUCGAAUGGUUAUGCUUUACCUGGCACGAUGACUGUGAUUAUGGGACCGGGAAAGUCCGGGAAAUCAACGCUAUUGAGAGCCCUUUCUGGAAGGUUGGAUGUAUCAGCAAAAACAUACGGUGAAGUAUAUGUCAACGGAGCAAAAUCAAGCUUGCAAUACGGAUCCUAUGGAUUUGUUGAGAGAAAAAACACACUUAUCGGGUCGUUAACCGUACGCGAGUUUCUUUACUAUUCAGCGCUACUUCAACUUCCUGGAUUCUUUUACCAAAAAAAGAGUGUAGUGGAAGAUGCAAUUCACGCCAUGUCACUCGGUGAGUACGCAAAUAAACUCAUAGGUGGUCAUUGUUGUAUGAAGGGACUGCAUAGUGGUGAAAAAAGACGAGUCAGCAUUGCUAGAGAGCUUGUGAUGAGGCCACAAGUCUUGUUUAUAGAUGAGCCUCUAUACCAUCUCGACAGUGUUUCUGCACUUUUGAUGAUGGUGACACUAAAGAGACUUGCAAGCACUGGUUGCACCCUAAUCUUCACUAUUUACCAGAGUAGCACGGAAGUGUUCGGUCUUUAUGACCGAAUUUGUCUUCUUUCAAAUGGAAACACACUGUUUUUUGGAGAGACACUCGCUUGUUUGCAGCACUUCUCAAAUGCGGGAUUUCCUUGCCCAAUUAUGCAAAGUCCUUCUGAUCAUUUUCUUCGUGCGAUAAACACAGACUUUGACAGGAUCAUUGCAAUGUGCAAAACGUGGCAGGACGAAAACGGGGAUCUCUCAAAUAUUAAUAUGGACACUGCUGUAGCAAUCCGUACCCUUGAAGAAACAUAUAGAUCUUCAUCUGACGCAUCAGCAGUCGAGGCUACAAUGCUCAAACUAACCGAAAGGGAAGGUCCGUCUCUCAAAAGCAAAGGGAAGGCAAGUAGUGCUACAAGAAUUGCGGUCUUAACGUGGAGAUCGUUGUUGGUUAUGUCACGGGAAUGGAAAUAUUAUUGGCUUCGGCUUAUUCUUUGCUUGCUUCUUGCAUCGUGUGUUGGCACUUCUUUUUCGGGUUUGGGCCAUUCGUUGUCUUUUGUCGGGACGAGAGUUGCUGCAAUUUUCGUGUUUGUAUCGUUUGCUUCACUCCUAAGCAUUGUUGGAGUACCCGCGCAACUGAAGGAGGUCAAGGUAUAUGCUUGUGAAGAUUCAAAUCAACAUUCAGGAGGAAUAGUUUUCUUAACGGGACAAAUAUUGGCGAGUUUCCCGUUCUUGUUCUUAAUCUCCAUCUCAUCAAGUCUGGUUUUCUAUUUUCUCGCGGGGCUUAGAAACGGUUUCGGCUUUAUGAUGUAUUUUGUGCUCAAUUUCUUCAUGUGCCUCUUGGUUAACGAAGGGCUGGUGCUCGUUGUUGUCACCGCUUUGCAAGAUAUGUUCUGGAGUAUAUCAACACUCGUGUUUGUACAUGCGGUGAUGAUGCUUUCUGCGGGAUACUUCCGAAUUCGAAGUGCGUUGCCGGGGCCCGUUUGGAUGUAUCCGGUUUCCUACAUUGCUUUCCACACUUAUUCAAUCCAGGGUCUGUUGGAGAACGAAUAUGAUGGAACAUCAUUUGCGGUUGGUCAAGUUAGGACAAUAUCAGGGUACCAAGCGCUUCAAAAUGUUUAUGAUGUUUCUCCCGAUGAAUAUUCAAAAUGGAGAAACCUGUUGAUCCUUUCACUAAUGGCUCUCGCGUAUCGGCUUCUUGUGUUUCUAUUGCUACAUUUUCGUGUGAAGAAAAACUCGUCUCUCUAUAGAUUUUUGUGUUGUAAACUCAAGAUGAAUGACUGAAUGCAUAUAUAUGCACUUUCUUGACCCUUUUGCGCUGUGUUUUUAGUGUAUGGGUUGCUUAUAACUUGAUUACCCCA